GCGGAGUCUUCUUAGCAGCCGCCCGUCUCUCACCCACAAUCCUCGCCAUUCGACCUCACAAGCAUCGGCGGAUAGGAAGAGAGAGAGAGAGAGAGAGAGAGAGAUGAAGGCGACGGUGAAGGGCCGAUACGAGGUGAACAAGAGCGCCACCGCCGUCGCUACCCUCACCACCAAUGCCGGCGACGUCCGCCUCAAGGCCUCCAUGACGGACGCCACCUUCGUUCGCGGCCCCUCACUCAACGGCCUUGCCCUCUCCCUCGAGAAGCCCGGCGCCUUCAUCCUCGACUACUACCUCCCCACCAAGGAUGUUCGGUUCCAGUUCAUGAAUUCGGUGCGUUUGAUGGAGAAGACGGUGAACUUGACCUACACCCACGCUUGGGGCGACAACCGCACGGCCCUCGAUGGCUCCGUCGCCUUCGAUCCCUCCAACAAGGUCUCCGUCAACUACGCCUUCGGCACGCCUGGCGCCUGCAAGGUGAAGUACGUGUACGCGCACGGGGAGCUGCGACAGACGGUCCUGGAGCCCUGCUACGACGUGUUCAACAACACCUGGGACUUCGUCCUCACCAGGAACUUGGACGGUGGUGACUCCCUCAAGGCUACCUACCACACCACAACUAAGAACCUCGGCCUCGAGUGGAGCAGGGACUCCAAGGUCAAUGGCUGCUUCAAGACAGCUCUAGGAGCCAUCAAGGGUGGACAUGGAUUGUUUUUCAAAUGUUGUGAAUGGAAGAAGGCCGAGAUCUAAAAUGGCUUUAGACUGAUGGAUAUCUGCAACUGUCAAUUUAGCAGAGCAACAGAAGGCUCCAAAGUUGAUUGCUGAGAGUACAUGGAAUUACGAGGUGUGAUAUGAUUUAUAUGCUUUGAGGAAAUUUGGAUCAAACAAUUAUUUUUGUCCAUUUUGUUCCUUUUCUUCUUCGAUUACUGAUUCAUAUUUUAUACUCUGAUUAUGCCAUAAUUAGACCAAAAUGUUGAUUACUGUAAGUAUCAAAGUCCCUUUGUAUGGCAGAGAUAUUUCUUUUCAAUCCUCUAGAUUUAUGUAUUUGGUAAUUGCGAUGAAUAUUGAGCAAAUUUUUAAGAAAAUCCAUCUUUUUAGGGUUUUCCUUA